GAUAACGCAAUACUAACUUCGCCACUGAGAAGCAGGAUUUACUCUAGGAGAGCUGCCACUCUUCUGGAUAUACAAUUACUACUGGUUGAAGCAUAGUGUUUUGGUGAAUAGCUCGCACUUGGUUGUGUUCAUUGUACAUCGCGGUUUUGCACAAACAUAGAGCUGCUGAGGCGUUGUUCCGUUUGUAGAGAGACAGUGUUGCGUAAGAUAAUUCAUCAACAUGGCUUCUGUGGAUCACGAGAAGGUGGUGGACUUCGCCAGGCAUCAAUUGGAGGCUGGAGCCAAGGAAACCCAGGACAAAGCUGGCGGCCCCGAGAAUGCAUCCGUCAUCUCUGCCCAGAUUGUUGUUCCUGCCGAUACCCACAAGGCCGAAGAGAGAGUCAAGUAUCUCGAGUCUGAGGUCGAUGGGCUGAGGAAGAAGCUCAAGGAUUGCGAGCACGCUCUUCAGAUGGCCAACAACGAGACAGACAAAGCCAACCAAGUGGCUCGGGAUGCUAAGGCUAAGGUUGUGGAGCUCGAUGCUCGUAUUUAUCAGAUCGAGGGGGAGCUUCAGGCAGCCAACAACAGGGCUGCUGGACUUGAGAGCGAGCUGAGGAAAUAUCGCGCCAAAUACUCCGAAGCUAAGGACACAGUGAGUGAGAAGGAUUCCAUCAUCGGAGGAAAAGAGUCGAGAAUCGGAAGUCUCGAAGGAAAGGUGGAUGAGUACAAAUCAAACUCCAUUUCCAAUGCCGAAAGAGCUGCGAGGUUGGACUCACGCACUGCCGAGCUGUCCAGGAAGGUCAAGAGCAUGGAAUCCCUUUCCAUCCAGGCCGUGGAGAAAGACCAAUAUGCAAAGGAUAUGGAUGCUGCCAAGGACCGAUUGGUGAAGGAAAAGAGUGAUGAGGCCCGUGCUAGGGGUGAUGAGCUGUAUCACGUCCGCGGAGAGCUUGAUGAUGAGCGUGAGAGAGUGAAGGCGAAGGCCGAGGCCGUCGCGAAGAUGGCCAGAGCAUUGGAGGAUACCAAAUCUAGGGCCGCCGAGGCGCACGACUUAGAGAAGAGACUAGAGGAAGAGUACAAGAAGUCUGAGGGCAAGACCGAGGACCAGAGGAGACUGAGAGAAGAGCUGGAAUCUGUCAGAAGCAGAGCUAACGAGGCUGAUUCCCUAUCCGAGAGGCUGGAGAGAGAGAUUAAGAUUUCCGAGGAGCGACAAGAAACCGUCCAGAAAAUUACCAGGGAAUUAGAAGAUGCGAGGUCCAAGGCUUCGGAUGCUCACAGUCUGUCUAAGAGACUGGAGGAAGAGAUCAAGAAGUCUGAGGGCAAGACCGAGGACCAGAGGAGGCUGAGGAAAGAGUUGGAAGAUGCCAGGAGGAAAGCCGACGAAGCUGAUUCUCUUUCCAAGGCAUUGGAGGACGAGCAGAACAAAAACGAGGCAAUUCGCGACUCUGAGAGGAAGCUGAUUGAGGACUUGGAGAAGAUGAAAGACAAGGCCCGCGAUGCCGAUAACCUGAGCCGCAAGUUGUCCGAGGAGGAGCGCAAAGUGUCGGAGAAAGACAGCAAUCUGACGAAACAGAGCGAACGGCUUUCCGAGCUGAACAAGAAGCUGAAGAACCUGCGCAAGGAGCGAGACGAGGCUAGAAAGGAGGCCAGGAAGCAGAAUGACAGGGCCGAAAGUAACGAGAGCAGGAUCAAGGAGUUGGAGAGUAGGAUUAAGGAGUUGGAGGAAGAGCUCGAUGAGGCGAACAGCAGGGUCUCAGACCUGGAGGAGCAGCUGCGCAAGGUCGGUGUGACAGUGGAGCAGCACAAGCGCGGGCUCAAGCGCGGGCAGGAGGAAGCGAUCGCCAAGAUUGAGGAGGCACAGCAGCUGGAGCAGGAAGUAAAGGAAUUCGAGUCCACGGUCGAGGAGACUGACAAGAAGAUAAUAACGGAGGUGGCUGACAUUACCGAGGACGUUCGUCAGUAAGUGCCGGGAAUCAACAAUUCGACGCGGAGAAUGGACAGCACAUUCGAGUCGAAGUUUGUAAAUCCUUCGUCAAAAGACUUCGUCGGAGAAAUCUUCGAAGAGGUCCUUCAAGAAAUGAGCGAGAUGUAUUAUUGUUAACAGAGACGUAAAACGCAAGUGGUGUAGAGCACAUCGCUAGUGACUAGCAUGCUUUUUGUCAUUUCCGAUUUCGUUUGUGUAUUGUAGGUUGUAUGAUAUGCUGUAGUUUCUGCAGUUUACGUAGAACUAUCUUGAUUUGGAAGUUCACUUCCUACCACAUGUAUCUGGAGUUUUUGGAGGACACCUUCUCAAGUUUAAAGAGGAUGAUCUGCCGGAAGCCAUGAGACAUGAAUAUAGAAGUGAUCAAUGUUUGUAUUACAAGUGUAAACUUUCAAUGAACGUUGUCUUUUUUGUCUA